AUGGGGUUCUCAACGCUCUUGGUAUUUGCUCUCCUCGGAUAUGUAUCGGCGGCACCGUGGCGAUGCUACCGUACCGCCAGUGGGGCCACCGUAUGCAUUGGAAAGCAAGGAGAGCCCUGCAUCUCUCCACCAUCGAUAUGCAUUCCGCGACUACUCCCACCUUGCGUCGGACCUGCAGUCGUGUACACACCACCAUGUAUACCACCAUGCCCUCCACCUUGUCUACCGUGUCCUGAACCUUGUCCACCGUGCCCCGAACCUUAUCCACCGUGUCCUGAACCUUGUCCACCGUGCCCCGAACCAUGUCCACCGUGCCCCGAACCUUGCCCACCGUGCCCUGAUCCUUGUCCACCGUGCCCUGAACCUUGUCCACCGUGCUAUGAUCCUUGUUUCGAACCAUGCCCACCUUGUUAA